GAUCAUAUUUCCUGGUGACUACACUCUCUCUCUCUCUCUCCCUCAGUUCUUGUUGUGAACUCUUGUUGAGUCUCUGACUCGAUGAUGGAUCUUCAGGAAUCGAUCUUCUUCCUCUGUUUCGUGAUAAUCUCUGCUGCUGCUGAUCCACUGAAGACCCUGAGAGCCUCUGUAGGAGGAAGCAUCACUCUGCCCGACGCUGUGAAGGAGGAAGGAUUUCUGUUAUAUGGAGGAAAGAUUUUAGCUCAGGUGGAAGAGAAGAAACUGUUUAAGAUUUAUGGAGAAAAUUACAAGGAGAGACUUCACUGGAACCAGAACACAGGAUGUUUUACUCUCACCAGGCUGCAGGAAAGUGACUCUGGGAUCUAUACAGUUGGCUCGAAGGAAGGAAGACGUGCUUCAGUAGAAUAUAAACUGAUCGUAUACGACUCUGUAGCGACUCCUACAGUCAGCGUGUUGAACAAAAGCUCUGAGAGCUGCUCUCUGAGCUGCUCUGUGGACUCAGCUCAGGAGGACACCACACUCCUGUGGUCCAAAGACCAGGAGAUCCUGAAGAAGAACCGCUCUGCUGCUUCUCUGUCUCUGACUUUAUUCUACUGGCAGGACCUGGACUCUCCUCUUCAAUGUGUGGCUGAAAACCCUGCAGAGAAUAAAAUAGUGUCAGUUGAUGUGAGGAGGUUCUGUCAACUGAACCAUAGAGGGGACCCCAGCAGCUCCACAGACUCCAGGCAUCUGAUAAUCUCUGCUGCUGCUGAUCCACUGAAGACCCUGACAGCCUCUGUAGGAGGAAACAUCACUCUGCCCGACGCUGUGAAGGAGGAAGGAUUUCUGUUAUAUGAAAGAAACAAUUUAGCUCUGGUGGACGAGAAGAAACAGUUUAAGAUACAUGAAGAAAAUUACAAGGAGAGACUUCACUGGAACCAGAACACAGGACGUUUUACUCUCACCAGGCUGCAGAAAAGUGACUCUGGGAUCUAUACAGUUGACUCGAAGGAAGGAAGACGUGCUUCAGUAGAAUAUAAACUGAUCGUAUACGACUCUGUAGCGACUCCUACAGUCAGCGUGUUGAACAGAAGCUCUGAGAGCUGCUCUCUGAGCUGCUCUGUGGACUCAGCUCAGGAGGACACCACGCUGCUGUGGUCCUACAACCAGGAGAUCCUGAAGAAGAAGCGCUCUGCUGCUUCUCUGUCUCUGACUUUAUUCUACUGGCAGGACCUGGACUCUCCUCUUCAAUGUGUGGCUGAAAACCCUGCAGAGAAUAAAACAGUGUCAGUUGAUGUGAGGACAGUCUGUCCACUGAACCAUAGAGGGAACCCCAGCAGCUCCACAAUCUCCAGGCAUCAUCUGAUCCUCAUCAUCAUCAUCCCCAUGGUGUGUAGUAUCAUCUUCAUCCUCUGUGUUUCUGCCGUCUGGAGGUUUCGUCGUCAGCAGGAUUCAUCAGCAGGACAGACAGGUAGAAUACACCAAAAUCAACAUCUUCUCUCAGAGAACAUCUCACAUCAGGAACCAUCAGAAUCUGGAAACCCCAUCCUGACCUCCGUCUACUACAAGCCGGCGUUCAACUCUCUGCAGAACUUCAACAUGAACCUGCAGCUGAAGACAGAGAAGCACAGACAGAGCUGAGUGUUCUGAUCAGCAGCAGGAAAUCAGUCAUGUUUAACGACGGUGGAUCACAGCGGUCCAGUGGUUUCAGUCGUUCUGACUGCUGCCAUUAAUGUUUGUCAGAGCUGCAGUCAGUAAAACAACAUUGAACUUGUGUUGUUAAUUCUUGUGAUUCCAGUCUGAUGUGGUUUCAUUCAACUUUCUUCGGUUUACCAACGGCUUGAAAACACCUUUCCUUCCUGUAUGUCACUGGUCAGAGGAGCAACGGAGGAAAUGGUGUCAGCAUCUGGCCUCUGAAGAGGAUCAACACUGACUGCUGUUGGCAUUAUUGCUUCACCCUGCACAGACUUCCAGUCCUCCAUGAAACCCCACCUGUCAUCAUCUUUCCAAUUCAUCAUUCAAAUUUUUACCUUUUUUCCUGUGUUCCUCUGCUAAUUAUUUAAUAUUCCAUCUUUUGCCAUUAUUGAUCUUGUUGGUGAUGGGAAUAUGCUUCCCCUGAUCUUGUUAGGAUGCAAAUAAUUAUUUGAAUUUAUAUAAAUAUUAAAAAGUAAAGAAGGAAAAAAACUUGUUAGUGUGUAAAGAUUGUGCCUCAUGGAUCAAAGGAAUCAAGAGAGGCUGAAGGUGCUGCAGCGCCUCCUGGUGGGUGUCAGAGGCACAGCUACAACUUCAAACAUGCUUACAACUGAAUACCAAAAACAACCCAAAAGAAUAUUUGGAUUUUCGUCAAGAAUUACAUCAGAAUUAUUAACAUCUGUAUCUAUUGUCAAGAUAUGUUGGGAAUAUUUGGGACAUCUGUGCACUUCUGGUUUGAUAGCUUUUCACAUUAACUGUGUGAAUCUGAUCUUUAUAGACAGAGAUCUCACUGUAUCGAUUGAUUAUUUUUUAAGCAUUCUGACAAAGAUUAGAGAUAAACAGAAAUUGUCUGAAAACAUGAAAGUAAAACUUAUGA